CGCCAUAGAAACAUUCGUCUACUGUCGUCCGCAUUUUUUAGAACGAAAGCGAAAGGAUUGCGAUUUUAAUAAAGUUAAAAUGAAAAUUACUACCGUGCAGCAAUUUGAGGUUUUAGUUUCCGAAAUGGAAAAGAAUCCCGCGUACGCCAAAGGUUUUAGGAAGGGCACAAAACCUCUUAACUUCAACAGUUUUUGGAACGUGGUUGCGGAAAAAGUAAAUCCUUUUGGACCUCCAGUUCGUGAUGGAGAAGGUUGGCAUAAAGUAUGGAAGGACUUGAAAUUCAAGGUAAAGAAAAAACUGGUCAACAACAAAACCGAAGCGAGAGCAACAGGAGGAGGAGCCAAUAGACAAAUGCAACUGUCUCCACUGGAAGAAGCGGUGGCAAAUUUGUUGCAGUUUGAGCAGCUAAUAAACCCCAAAGGGAGUGAGUUGGGUUUGGUUGAAGAAACCGAAAUUGAUGAGUUGCUUAACCUUGAUGAAACGACUGCGAGUUCUCAAGUACAGGCAAAUGCAGAAAACGCCGAAGAAUACGUCAUCGAAGAAUAUGUGGAAGAUGAAACACCCACAGUUUCAACAAGAGUGCGGUCCUCAAGAAGCACAAAACCUGCAGAAAAAGAAAGAAUUGAGCUGUUGAGGAAGCAGACCGAAAUACGGGAAGUGCAGUGCGACCAUUUACAGUCCAUUAAGGGAUACAUGAAAGAUGUUUCCAGAUACCAAAGAAAAAGGCAUGAGAUAGAAGAAGAACGCCUAAAAAUUUACAAAAGGAAAGUGCGUAAAGAAGAAGAGCUUUUGGAGCUGGAUGCUGCAAUAAAAAGAAAGAAGCUUGAGUUAUUGGAGAAACAAUUAAGUUCCAAUAUCUAA